GGAUAGUUAAAUAGCCAGUACCUGUACCUGGCCUAAAAUCCAAUAAAUUUAUAAAUAAUUUAUAAUACUCCGUCAAGGCAUAUUUAUCCAGUAAAUAAUGUAUAAUUUACACAACGCGAUACAUUCAUAAAUCGGCAGUAUUAAAUUUAAGUUGAUAACGAGUUUUGCGUUUUCAAGGUGUGAAGUGACAGGUGCAUUUACGCCCCUUUGAUUUUUAUAAUGACGUCAUAACAUUGUUUAACCGAAUUUUUAACCACAACUGGAUGCGUAUGACAGAGGUAUCGACACCAGUACCCUUUCGAAUAAAACGAACGUGCGAUUUGAAGGUAAGAUGUCACAGACGGCCUUACCGCCAGGUGGAAUGGAACGCAGCAUUCACGAAAUGCUCAAGGAUGCCCCAUCCCUCAACGAGAGUGAAAACGCUGUACACACCGGAACACCGCCACCUCAUGUCCCAAACAAUCAUACCAGUGGCCCACCGCGUCCUGCCACAAUGAAUUUACCUGUGGGCAGUCCAACGUCACAAAACUCAGUGACAGUAACUACUCCCAGUUCGCCGCUUCAGAAUGGUGAUGCUCAUACACUACGUCCUGCUCAAAGCAAGAUUGAAAGUAUUAGAAACUGGAGUAUCUCCACCUACAAGUGCACUAAGCAAUUGAUGUAUGAGAAACUUGGUAAAACAUCACGCACAGUCGAUUCGGAGCUUGAGGCCCAGAUUGAAGUCUUGAGAGACACGCAGAAAAAGUACUGUAACAUAUUACGAUUAUCAAGAGCCUUGGCAUCUCACUUUCACCACGUUGUUCAGACUCAGCAUGCGCUAGGUGAAGCAUUUUCAGAUCUGGCACAGAAAUCACCUGAACUGCAAGAAGAGUUUCUUUACAAUUCAGAAACGCAAAGAAACCUUACUAAGAAUGGGGAAACACUUCUAGGGGCCUUAAAUUUUUUUGUCUCGUCCGUUAACACUCUCUGUAACAAAACGAUUGAGGACACACUGCUAACUGUUCGUCAGUAUGAAACAGCAAGGAUAGAAUAUGAUGCAUACAGAACGGAUCUGGAAGCAUUGGCACAAGCAGCAAAGACAGAUGCAAGCAGUGCAGCUAAGAUGGAAGAAGCACAAGCAAAUUAUGAACAGCAUAAACAGAACUUUGAAAAACUUCGAGCUGACGUCUCUAUCAAACUAAAGUUUUUAGAUGAAAACAGGAUCAAAGUAAUGCACAAGCAGUUGCUGCUGUUUCACAAUGCCGUGUCAGCUUAUUUUUCUGGGAAUCAAACAGCAUUGGAGGCCACAUUAAAGCAGUUUAACAUCAAAGUUAAAUCUCCUAAUUCUUCGCUACCGUCCUGGCUAGAGCAGUAGAUAUACAGAUUGGAAACGUCCUAUUCUUAUGCCUAUGAUAAGAUAUCUACAUCACCAUUCCUCGUGCCAGACAAUGAGAUAUAUUCUCGUUUACCAGACCCUUUCAAUUGAACGGAAAGCUGUGCCACAUACCAUGCAGUAAGGUCCAAUGAUACGUAUAGGUUAAAACAAUAAAAAACUCAAAAUAAUAUCUGGAACACAAGUGAAUUCUAUUUUCAUUUGACAUGACGAAUAUCGAUAAUUUUGAAUUCACAGUUCCAAGCCAUAACAUACUAUGCUCAUAUCUUGAACUAGUAUUUCAGGUUGAUAACUGAACCUGUAGCUUUUGGAGUAGCGAAAUACAAUAGGAUUCUUUGCUAGGUAUGCAAGCAUUUGCAACAGGUAAUAGUAUACAAUUUCCAACUUGGAAAUUUAAUUUUUUCAAGUGACUAGAACUAUCAGCAAGACACAUUGUAAUAAGAAUUAAAUACUUAAACCUGAAUGAUCAAGAAUUCUAAAAUUUGAUAGCUUAAAAAUCAUGCCAUUCAAUAUAACUCAUCCUCGGGUAUAAUAUAUUUUAAUAAAUGACAAUAGUAAUGCUUAAUGACGUGAUAAUAAUUAUCUAUGCCUCUGUAAUCUUUUUUAUUUUAUGUCUGUUGCGACUCGUUGUGUUUUUUUUUACUCUACAUUUCUUCUAUCAUGAUAAAAAAAUAGCGCAUGAAACAUUGAUAAUAUUAUUUGGAUGCAUCAGUAACGGUAUUGUAUUGCUGUGUUUCGUUAGAUUUUACUUUGCCAUUUUCUUCUGAUCUGUUAUUAUUAUGAGUGAUAACAUAAUCAGACCAUUUACUUAAAUGAAGACCUGAGAACUUCACAUGUAUUCCACACGAUAUUCACCUUUAACUAGCUAAGUAGUUGAAUGUGGUACAUUUUAUUUACGAAAAAAAAAAAAAACUUAAGAAACUUACGUCGAUAAGAUUAGAUAGAAUCGUUGUUAGAUUCGAAAGUACAUGUUAAAAUAGGGCCUAGUCAUUAAAUAUUAGGAUACGUACUAAAAAAUAAAAAAUCAAAUUGGGACGAGACAUACUUAUACAAGAGUAAUAUAAAUGAGGAAUAUGAAUUUGAGUACAGAAUUAUUCUAACGUUGAUUAUCCUGCGUUCAUUUUCCACCCAGUUUUACGAUUUAACAAAUAAAAAUAUACUACAGCACUCGUAUGGCAAUGAUAAAAUUGAGAAUAUCAACUUGAUAGACAAAAACGUACAUAGGUCUGUAUUUUUACAUAAAUAGGACUGAAACUUUGUUUAGAAAAAAGUCGUUUUCAUUCACUUAUAAUCAAAAAGAACAAAAUCUCAUAAAAAAAUACAUAAUAUAAGAUGUUUAUUGGAGUAAAAGACUUGUGGUUAGGCCUGUUAUAUAUACAUAAGUGUAUAUUAAUAACUUGUCACUUGACAAUACAAGUAGACAAUACAAGUACAAAAUAUACUCAUAUAUUUUGGGUAACAAAGCUAAUAUUGCUGAUGAAUUCGUAUUGUCAAACAUUGGUCUGCUAACUCCUAUGAUUUUUAAUAUGUUUAAUGAUUGUUAAUUUUUAUUUAUAGACUUUCCAUUACCUGUAAGAGUGCUGUAUAAGAUAUUUACAUAGAAAACCAAACGCUUAUUAAGUUUAAUUUUAACACAGCAUUACAGGCAUGUGAAUGCAAAUGGGAAAGCUUAUAAAAAAUAUUUUGAGUAAUUUCGGUUACCUACAGAUUUGCAGGCAAAUAGUAAUUAUUUAUUAUUUUCAUAGACGUGUGAAGUUAAUUUAUUCAUUUACAUUUUGGUGGGUAAAGAGAUGAUUUUAAUAUCGAGAAACCAAUGUGUAUAUCAAUGCCAUAUACAUUAAGUUCGUCUAUUUAACAUGGCAACGCAAUUAUUCAUGAAAUUCGAAAUAAAUGCUUCAGUGAUAAAAAUUAUAAGUGCGUCAGAAGAAUAAUGUUUCUAAAUCAUCGGAGCACUCAAUAUACCUGGUUUUUUAAUCAGUCUCUUUUUGUUAUGUGCCAUGGAUUGCUAUCAGUAAUUUAUGCAAUUUCAAUUAAAUUUGCGUUACUAAGAAAAAAUGUCAAAUUGCAUUCCUAAUUACGAUUACGUGACUAAAAUGUCACAGAUCUCAUACGCAUCACAGGUGCAUUAUGUAGACAAUUGCACAUAUAGUAAUUUGUGUAACCAAGACUGCUGUAAUAUUGGUUAUGAAACUGUUAGUGUUCCACAACAAUAUUUGUGACAGCUUUAGAUGGGAAUUUGCUACAAUGUC